CUCUUGUUUCUUCUAUCUUUCUUCGUCUCUCUUUGGAAAUCACUCUAAGGAAUUGGUCUGCCCCCUGCUCACAAGGACAAAUCCCUGUUUGGUGUAGGGAAGAGUCUUUGAUUUGCUCAUUUUCAGAUGUUAUUUGUCUUUGAAUGCUUCCAUUGUGAAAAACCAUCUGACCUGAAAACUUGCAGACUUUGAACGAAAAGUUUUUUUGUUUUCCUUACCUGACAAAUCUUUUGCUGAGGAACAUUUUUGAGCACUUUUAUCCAAUCUUUAGUUGCUUCCUUAUUGCUGAGUGUAACUCUGUUACCUGCUGCCACCAUGCCGGUCCGGAUCAUGUGCACCAUCUCUUUUUCCACCGAUGACGAGCCCAGCAGAGGUUAUGGCAAAGACGGUUUUGAUGACUACUACAAGCGUAUAAAGCAGGACUAUAGCGAAGGGGGCUCUCAGGACUAUCUGAACAGAAGUAAUCAAGAUGAAGAUUACGCUGAAGAUGAGGAUGAUCCCAGCGACGUGGACGACCUGGCCACUUUCUUUGGCGGCUGCUCGCUCCAUGGAGCCAACCACAUAUUUGUUGAGGAGAAGAAGUUUGGUGUUCGUCAGGGUUUGUGGGCUGCGGUCUUCACGGUGGCGCUGUCUGCUUUCCUGUACCAGGUGGCUGACAGAGUCAUCUACUAUCGCCAAUAUGACCACAUCACCAUGCUGGAUGAGAGGGUGGCCAAUAACAUGACCUUCCCUGCUAUCACCAUAUGUAAUUACAACUUCAUUCGGAAGUCUCAGAUGAGCUACAGUGACCUGAUCUUCAUGGGCCCCUUGCUGGGGUUUGAGGAAGGCAUGGCUCCGGGGUUUCCACUGGCUCCCGAGCCGGACCGCCCGCUCGGGUCACGUUUCAGCCUCGAUGAGUUCUUCAACCGCACCCGACAUCGCAUAGAGGAUAUGCUGCUGGAGUGCACCUUCAGGGGGUUGGAGUGUGGCACAGAGAACUUCAGAGAGGUGGGGAGCAGAGAUUGGGCACCACCCAAUCUCAGACACUACGGUUUAACAAUCCAGUCAAUCUCCCUGGAAAGGGGCGCAAUCCAGCCGCUGGGCUGUACACUGACGCGACACGCGUCACCCAGAGUGUCCCCGGAGCUGCAGUCCAGGAGGACCCGAAGGAAGCCCAUCCUGGACAGGGUUUAA